GGGCCAGGAGGCGGGCAGAGGGCGGGGCCCCGAGCUGGGCAGGAGCCGAGAGCCGCGAGCCGCCAUGGCGAAGGUGCUGGCUCUCACCGCCCUGGGGCUGGCUCUGGCGCUGCUGGGCGAGAGGUUCGUGGCGCUCAGGAAUCGACUGAAGGCCUCCAGAGAGGUGGAGCCGGUGGACCUGCCCAACUGCCACCUGGUCAGAGGCGUAGAAUCGGGGUCUGAAGACAUCGACAUCCUUCCCAGCGGCCUGGCCUUCCUCAGCGUGGGCCUCAAGGUUCCCGGGAUCCAGUGCUUUGCCCCGGAGAAGCCGGGGGGGAUCCUGCUGCUGGAUCUGAACCAGGACAAGCCCCGGGCCCUGGAGCUGCGCGUCAGCCGGGGAUUCGACCUGACGUCCUUCAACCCACACGGCAUCAGCACCUUCAUUGAUGAAGACGGCGCCGUGUAUCUCUUCGUUGCGAAUCACCCCGAGUUCAAGAGCACGGUAGAAAUUUUUAGAUUUGAAGAAGAAGACAAUUCUCUUUUACACCUGAAGACAGUCCGCCAUGAGCUCCUGCCAAGCGUGAAUGACGUCGUCGCCGUGGGCCCGGAGCAUUUCUACGCCACCAACAGCCACUAUUUCUCUGACCUUUUCCUAAAGUAUCUCGAGGUCUACUUGAACCUGCGCUGGACAAACGUCAUCUACUACAGCCCCGAGGGGGUCCGAGUGGUGGCCGACGGCUUCGAUUCUGCCAACGGCAUCACCAUGUCCCCCGACGAGAAGUACGUCUACGUGGCAGAUAGCUUUGCCCACGAAAUCCACGUCAUGGAAAAACACGCCAAUCGGAGCCUAACUCAAGUCAAGGUGCUUCACCUGGACACGGUGGUGGACAACCUGUCCAUCGACCCUUCCACGGGAGACCUCUGGGUGGGCUGUCACCCCAACUGCCUGAAGCUGAUCAUCUAUGAUGCCAGUAAUCCUCCUGCAUCCGAGGUGCUUCGGAUCCAGAACGUUCUUUCUGAGGCACCGGCAGUGACCACGGUCUAUGCCAACAACGGCUCCGUGCUGCAGGGCAGCACCGUGGCCUCCGUGUAUGGUGGCCAGCUGCUCAUUGGCACGCUGUUCCAUAGAGCCCUUCAGUGCCAGCUCUGAGGGGCAGCCUUGGCACCCGCUCCUACUAACACCGAAUUCACUGUGAAUUGUUCAUCCUGAGGAAGCUCCAGUAGUGCAGGGGACCGAGAUGUCGGCACCGUAGACGAUGGGAGCGAGGCUGGCUGGGGUGGGCAGCUGUACUGCCAGCCGUGUGUCCCUGGCCUGGCAGGGCCGUCAGACUAGCCAAGAGGAGCCUCGCUGGCUGUGUGGUGGCGGCCUCUUCGAGGCAGCAUCUGGGGCCGUUUCGAGAUUGAGUCAGCAAUUAAAUGCUUCCUGAAAGCCA